ACAUAGGUAUUAUUCUUCGUGAUAAAGAUAACCUUUGUUAACUUUUUCAAAUACAGUAUAGUAUUAAUCGUUUUUAUGAUAAGGCAUAAAAUAGAGCUAGAUAAUCAUAUUUUGGAAAAUAUUAAAAGAUGAGUCGCAAAUUAAAAGCUCUAAUUGGGCCGAGCAUUCUUAAUGCCGAUUUAUCUCAGUUAUACGAAGAAUCUCAAAAGUUACUUGAUAACGGCGCAGACUAUUUACACUUAGAUGUAAUGGAUGGACAUUUUGUACCUAAUUUAACAUUCGGCCACCCAAUAGUUAAGUGCCUUCGCAACAAAAUUAAGGAUGCCUUCUUUGAAACCCAUAUGAUGGUCUCUAAACCAGAGCAGUGGAUUGUGCCCAUGGCUGAUGCGGGAGUAAAUCAAUAUACAUUUCAUAUUGAAUCAGUGAGUAAUGUUGAAGAUGUAUGCCGAAAAAUAAAGGAGAAUGGAAUGAAGGUAGGUGUGGCAAUUAAACCAGGUACUGAUGUAGCAGAAGUUGAAAAGUACAUAUCUAUAACAGACAUGGUGUUAAUAAUGACAGUAGAACCUGGCUUUGGAGGGCAAAAGUUUAUGGCAGAUCAAAUGGAAAAAGUUACUUACCUCAGAGAACAUUAUCCACUCCUGAAUAUUGAGGUAGAUGGUGGUGUUGGUCCUUCAACUAUAAACUGUUGUGCUAAUGCUGGUGCAAAUAUGGUAGUAUCUGGUACAGCUGUAAUUAAAGCACAGGAUCAAGCUUCAACGAUCAAAUUAAUGCGGGAUACGGUGCAACAAGCUAUUGAGAAAUAUUGUUCUUAAGAUGCUUAUAUAUUAAUAAGAUACUUAAUUUUACAUUCUUGAUCUACCAUCAGGGUAAAUCAAUUAAGACAAAAGCUAAAAUUAUGCAUUUUUAGGAUACACAUUCCUUGUAGUGAUUGUCUUCCAUAUACUUUUUACUUUUUUAAAAACUAAAAUAAAACAAUGUAUGGCUUUAUAAA